AAUGUCGUGGACAAAGUAGAUGGCGUCAGGAAACAAACGCCAGGAAGCAGUAGGAGUGUUUUGUCCUUAUAUUUUCAUAGUUGUGUCCUUUAUUUGCAAAUGUGGACCAACGCAGAAGAAAUCUAACAGGACCUGAAACUUUUAUGGGACAAAACAGUUCACAGGUGUCCAGUAUGUAUUCACCUGUCCAUGUGAUCGUGGUGGGAGCUGGUUGUCGAGGAGAGAACUACUCCAAGUUUGCUUCCAUUCAUCCUAAACGCAUGAAGGUUGUUGCUGUGGCUGAUCCGAGAAAGUUUGCCCGCACCAAAAUGCAACAGCAACACAAAAUUGAGGAUAAAAACGUGUUUGAAGACUGGAAAAACAUAGUUGAACGAGAGAAGUUUGCAGACGCAGUGCUAAUUUGCACUCCAGAUCGCAUUCAUAAGGAUCCUGCUGUUGCCUUUGCAAAAAAAGGCUACCACAUUCUUCUGGAAAAACCAAUGGCAACAACUGCAGAGGACUGCAGAGCCAUAGUGGAGGCUUGCACUCAGGCUGAUGUGAUGCUGUCUGUGGGUCAUGUUCUCCGAUAUGAUCCACUCAUUCACAAGAUCAAGGAGCUUAUAGAUGCCGGAGUUGUUGGGGACGUGAUCCACAUACAGCACUUAGAACCAGUUGGGUUUUAUCACUUUGCCCACUCAUUUGUUCGAGGGAACUGGAGGAAUGAAGCAGAGAGCUCUUUUGCUCUGCUGGCUAAAUCGUGCCAUGAUAUUGACCUGAUUCACCACUGGGCUGGAGCCCGCAGGUGCGUAAAAGUGACAUCUUUUGGAUCUGUUAGCCACUUCCGGAAAGAAAAUAAGCCAACAGGUGCUGGAGAUCGUUGCGUCGAUUGUUCAGUAGAAAGAAACUGUCCAUACUCGGCAUGCAAAAUCUACAUGGACAGAGUGAAACAGGGUCACACUGGCUGGCCGGUAUCAGUCAUCUGCCCAAACUCACUCCCUGACGUCGAGUCAGUAAAUGAAGCACUGAGGAGUGGACCAUAUGGCCGAUGUGUCUAUGAGUGUGACAAUGAUGUUUGCAGUAACCAGGUAGUAAACAUGGAGUUUGAAGGGGGCUUGACGGCUGCGUUCUCUAUGGUGGCUUUCACUAAGGAGAUCUGCCAACGAAAAACAACUAUAUAUGGCAGCAGAGGCGAGAUGUCUUAUGACGGCGAUGAAAUAUGCGUGUUUGAAUUCCUGACCCAGAGAUCCACAAAGCACACAGCGAGCAGCGAAGCGCUCGAACACUACGGCAUGAGUGGGCAUGGAGGAGCAGACUACCACCUCAUGAACGCUUUUAUUUCCGCGGUGGCUAACAACGAUCCGUCCAUGAUUCGAUCCGGCCCCGAGGAGACUCUGAUCAGCCAUUUGCUUGUGUUUGAAGCGGAGCGAUCGAGGGUGGAGGGCAGGGUAGUGUACUGUGGAGACAGCGCUGGACUGUGAAACGGCAGUAUGUCACUGUUCAGUUCUUAUAAAUAGAACUGUUACAAAUUACUAAAAGAAUUUAGAGUGAAAAGGGUCCAAAUCGUAUUUUCUGUUGAUUGAAAUAGAAUCUACUGUCAUAAAUGGGAUAUUUUGAUAUUCAAAGAAUGAAUACACAACUAACAAAGCUUUAUGUGACUGAGGAAGUAAUUAUUUUGCUUUGUUAUGAUAUUUUUAAUUGCUGUUUUCUGAAAUGAUCUGUGCAGGAAUGUCUGUGCACUUUUCACAAUAAAAUUUCAGAUUUUACAUUUCAUUUUUUGCCAUUUUCCCAGCUUCUGUACGAAUGUUCUGGAAACCGAGUGAUUUUCUUGGUUCAUAAUUGUAUUCGUGUUCUACAGAAGCUUUUGGAACAAGUCACUGUUUACAACGACAUCAAACUUUUUUUUCUGCUUGUUUCUUGGGUUAUCUUGGUAAUAGUCGUGGUAUUCUGGUCUUUGACUAUUUUGUAAAAUUAUGUUAAAGUUUAAAGAGAAUUAAAAACAAUGAAUACAUUAUGGCUAAAUAAAAUUGACUCAGGUGUUGCAUCCAAGUUGUGUGAGUGAAAUUA